GUGAAAAUAUGGUUCCAGAACCGACGGAGCAAGUACAAAAAAAUGAUGAAGGCAGCUCAGGUUACGGGGGGUCCCAACAACAACGGCAAUGGGGCAGCUCACGCCGGAUUAUUGGGGGGCAACGGUACCAUGGCCCCCUCAAGUCCCGGACAGCAGAGCCAGAAUAUGAUGCAAGGUAGGAUUAAAUUGGAAGGCGGCGGCGGUUCGUCGAGCGGCUCCCCCGCUACAGGGGGCUACAUGCAGCACCCUAGUCCCGCACCCAGCUCCACACCCGGCUCGGACGUGUCCGGCCAGCCGGGAGCCCCCAGUCCGGGUGCCUGGGGGGACGUCAAGCCUCAGCAACAGCAAGGAGGAGGCGGAGGAGUGCAGGGAGGCCAGGCGCUGCACGCGCAUCCCCCUCCGCAUCCUGCCGCGGCGCAUCCGGCGGCGCAUCAUCCCCCCCAUCCGCACAACUACCUCCCGCAGUACAGCUGGUAUCCUACGGAUAAUCCUGGACUAUUAACGGUAUGGCCAGCCGUUUAAUACAUGCCCCCCCACCCCCCUGUUAGUUCCCUAAAUUACAGAAGAA